GUGUAACUGAUUCUUAACAAUGUCUGCGUGCCUAGACGGAUGUAGGGUCUUUUGGUCAGAGUUUAUAAACCUUUACAAGGAAUCUCCAUCUCUAUGGAAAAUUAGUAGUUUUGAAUAUUCGAAUAAAAAUAAAAAAGCUGCAGCUUAUGACAUUCUCGUCAGCAAAUUAAAAGAAAAAGACGGGACAGCAACAAAGGAUACCGUAACGAAGAAGAUAAACAACCUGCGCAGUGCCUUCAGGAAAGAAAACAAAAAGGUAAUGCGCUCUAUGGAGUCUGGGGCGAGCGGAGCCGAUGUGUACCACCCCACCCUGUGGUAUUACGACAUGUUGCUCUUCCUCAAGGACCAAGAGGUGCCCAGGCAGGCAGCGACCAGUGUGUGUGAGGCAAGUGAAAAAAUUUUCCCUUUAAUCAUACAAAUACAACUAUUCCUUUAUGAAAUGUAUUGUGUAUAAAUUUUGUGACUGGAAAUAAUUGUUGAAAUUACUGACAAAAUAUUGUAAUGUGCAUUUUCCCUUCUUAGCAGCAAUCCGACAGUGCUGAAGAGCUUUGUGAAGCAGAAAAAUCUGGUCCUAAUGACUGUCAUUCUCUAGUGAGCUUCGAAUCAAACGCAGAACUAGUACCAGAAAUAGACAUAGUAAAAGAGGAAGUAGAAGAGGAAGUGACACCUGCGAAGAAAAAGGUCAGACGAUCCGAGGGCAUCAGCAAUGAGCAGGUUUUGUCUGUGAAAAGUGGCAAACUGUCCUGCAUCCGUCAAGAAGAUGAGUGGGACACGUAUGGCAGGACUGUAGCCAAUAACCUCAGGAAGUUACCCUUUGAUAUGCAACCCUACGCUCAGAAACUUAUAAGUGAUGUUAUCUUUUAUGCUCAAAUAGGCCAACUGAACGUGAACUCAAAAAUUGUGACAAAAUAACGAGAUUGCACUGCCGUGGUUAGAAGUUGAGUAAAUUGCAGUGACUUCCACAAUGCCGUCAACCUUAGGUCUUUAGAUCCGCUGACAAUCUUCUAACAAAAACUGACAGAGAACAGAUUAGAGAACUUGAGGUUGAGAUAAAACGCUAAACACAUUUGGUCUAGAUCCCUGGCGGCCACAGCGACCUACGCACUAUACGCGACACUCAGUCAAGCCUAAGGAGCUCUAGAGACUUCUUCGCCACCUCUGCUGCUGUCCUGCUGUCUCUAUACGCCGUACUGCUCUUCGUUAGGACUAAUUCUCAGGAGCCAUGCGGCAGUGGUUCCUGGUUCUUGCGUGGGUGGCGGUGGUGGCAAGCAGGCAGGCUUCCCUAAACGGCUUUCUGGCCCAAGAACCCACCACCCUGCAGGAGAAGACCAUCAAGGCCAUCGAGAGCUUGUCUCUCGUGCUCAAUGAUCUGAAGGAGAGCAUGACGAAGGAAGGGAACGCGGCCACACCCAUUCAGCCGCAGACAGAGGGCAAGGUGGAAGCCGUGCUGCUCAAUCUCACCGCCGCCCUGCAGAACAACACCAGGGCGCUGCGAGAGGCUCAUGGGGGAGACAGCGCCCGUGGAGGAGAGGCGGAGUGCGAGGUGCCGUACUGGAGGCUGGGGGACGAAUGUUACUACGUGAACCAACACCUACGCGUGAGCUGGAGCGAGGCGAGGCUCUUCUGUCGGGGUCUCGGGAGUGACUUGGCCCAGCCUAGCGAGGUGGCCAAACUGAGGGCUGCGCUCCUCAUGAGAUACCCGGAGGAUCACCACAGCUUCUUCUGGUUGGGGGCGUCAGAGGUGGGCGGCACCGAGGGCAACUGGCGGUGGAUGUCGGGAGCGCGCGUGAGGCCGGGUGACUGGGCGCGAGAUCAACCUGACGGAGGGAACGAGAACUGCGUGGUGCUGAGCCGCGACGAGCACCCCUCCCUGCACGACAGUCCUUGCUACACCCACACGACCUUCAUCUGCCAGGCCACCAACGCAACCGCCGCCAGAACCGCCAACUAAAGUCCUGCGUCAGAGUUUAGAACAUCCUAGAAUGCCCCAUAAUGUUCCUCCCUUCCUUCCUUCCUCCUCCGCUCUCGUCUACUUGUUAUAGAGUCUUUUGUUUGCCGUUUGUGUUUCUUUCUCUCCUACUCGCCACGCCGUGUCUAACACAUCCAGCCGUGUGUAGACAGUAGUGAAGAUGAUGAUGAUGAUGGUGAUGAUGAUAAUUAAAGUUGAUUCACAGAUAGGGUCGUAGAUGAGUGGAUCAGGGUACAAGUUAGAAUAGUUAUAAGCUAAACAGAAUCAGAUUUAAGAAGAGGGUUGUAGAAGAUGAGUGGAACAAACUUGGCCAGAACGUGGUAUGUAACACCUGUACAGUGAUUUGAUGGUUUCAAGAAGAGGUCUGUUAAAUGCAUCGGUGAUGAGAGCAGAUGGUAAACUGUAAGUCCUCAGGUAGAGAGGUGGAAGAAGUGUUAUAGGUAAAUGUUCUUUGUACUUAUUUGUUCCUUUGAGACUUUACUAGUUUUAAUAAUUAAUAAUACGAGUUAUGAAUAUCUUUACCUCGCACAUAUGACUAAUCUAUAGCUUUACUGCUUUAUAACUAGGCUUCGUAUUCACAAAAGUUUCGCCAUCUUAUAUCGUUAUCUACUCUUAACAAGCUCUGGUGGAGGUUAUUAGAAUUUUCAGGAUUUUGUCUUUUUUUUUUUUUUACGAUUAUUUUGAUAGUUUAACAACGAUUUUGUACCAUUCAAGGGAAAUAAAACUUAAGAACCA